AUGACCCUGGCGGAGAAAGCAGCACGAGGCAAACGACACAAAAAGAAAACAUCAUCCGUAGAGGCCAGGCCUGGACACCGGAGAAUAUCGCCUCUACAUCAAUAUAUCGACACUGAAGUUGGGUUCGCACUGUUUGGAUCCGGUUGGGUACCUGGUUUGCAUGCACGUGUGUGAUCAACAUUCGUCCGCACGGUCUACCACAUUCGCCUUAGCCAGGGACGCCACGGUCCCGUAUACCAGAUACCCGUGGACCGAGGCGAGCCUAGACAGACGAUAGACAACUUGUGAACGAAGGUUUGCACGGAAGCUGCCUGAGGUGGCCGGUCAGGGCAGCCACACAGCACACUCGUUCAGACGCGCUUCACCCCUGCUUGCUGUCGCCACGGGCCCUAGUCACGCUUCCCCGAAUCUUACAUCCUGCAUCUCCGCAUCCCGUGACGUCAACUUAGCGUCUCUUUACAGCACUUGAGGAAGCGAAGAUCAGCAUGCCGCCUUCACUUCGCCGACGAGGAGGCCAAGCACACCAACAUCGCAUGCCCCCGCCCUCACCACCAGAAGCCCAAGACACGUCGUCCAGCGACGCGGAAAUAGACGGUCGUCAAGAACGAGAAGAAGAAGAAGAAGAAGAGCACGAUCUCGACGACGCCGCCGACGACGAUGAAACCCUUGGCGACGACCUAAUCGGCCUCGAAGGCGACGAAGAGGACCAAGAAGAAGACGAAGGUGACGAAGAACUCGGGUCAGAAGAUGGUCUCGCAUCACCAAACCUCCCCUCUGAAACCCUCCCCAACUUCGACCCUCCCCCACCCUACCUCCGCGAAAUCUCCACCCUAGCAUCCUGGACCGUCUCCUCCUCCAAACCAGGCUGUUCAAUCCCCCAACUACGCCACCCAAAUACGAACCUUUUCUGGCAAUCUGAUGGACCGCAGCCUCACUACCUCAACAUCCACUUCUUCAAACUCGUCCGUAUCGUGGGACUGAGACUGUAUCUCGACUUCGAACAGGAUGAGAGUUACACGCCUACGAAGAUCAUUUUUCUUGCAGGCAGCGGUUUGAACGACCUACAGGAAUGGGGAGAGAUGAGGUUGGAGAGUCCGAGGGGAUGGAUCUGGGCGGAUUUCUCGGGCGUGGGUGAUCCGGAUAGUGAUGAUGAGGGUGGUGACGACGACGACGAAGAAGGUGAUGGAGGAGGAAAUGCAGGUCAACGGCCACAACGUCUCCUCACAGAUGCUUUGCACCUGAACGGGAGAAGAGGCGCAAACGACGCUUCUUCUGAUUCUGAGAAUGCGGCGCCGGGCCAGGCAGCAGAUUUGGAUAUGCAAACUCCAGGAGGGCAAGACACGCCUUUUCCUCCCUACCCAGCCGCAACACAACCCCAGAAUCCUUCAUACGACACACCACAAAAUACACAACAGCCACCCCCUCCAUCAGGCACACGCACUCGCACCCGCCGCACAAACCUCCACGCAAAUCCAACCGUCACACCGACCCAAAAUCAUGCCCCAUCAACGCCCAUACCCCCUUCCACGCAACCCCAAACGCUUCCCCGUCCCCACCCCCGCGCUCCCUUCGCAUCUCUCUCACCCAAUCCCGCACCCCGCCCUGCUCCCACCAAUACUUUCUCAACACCAAAGUUACCUGUCCUACGAGCGCAUCUCGUGCAGAUUAAGAUCUUAGAGAAUCAUCAGAAUGGAAAGGAUACGCAUUUGAGGGGGUUGCAGAUUUUUGCGAGGAAUGAUGAGGAUGGGUUUAAGACGAGCACGCAUCAGAAUAAGGGGGUGACAGCAAGGAUAGAAGGCGCUGGGCUACAAGAGAUGGUGAAGAAGGACAAGAAGGAGAGGAAGAGGAGGGAGGAGGUGUUGGAGUUGGGUGGGGGGAUCAUGGGUAUGAGUAUGGGUGGAGGAGGGAUGGGGAGUAUUAGGUAAUAUUGGGCGUGUCGUGGAGUGAUGGAACAAGGAACGGACCGAGCGAGCGGUCGAGCGAUCUGUCAGCUAGUCCCUCCAAACAAUAGCUUGGACAGUCUGAAGAGCAGUGGUAAAGCAAUGUGGCGUGGAAUACGCAUCACAGCCUUUACCACUAUUACUCGGACGGUAACACCAUCGAACCAUCAAGCAUGAAGUGCAUCAAUGAAGAAAUACAUCAAAUAUAGAUUCUUCAGCUAUG